AGUACUCACUUCUUGCCAUCUCAAAAACUCCCAAGUUCACUCAACUCUCCUUUCAAUCUUCAUUUCAUCACUUUCCAGUUUCAAACUCUACAGGUCUUCAUGGGUGUUUUCACUUACGAGAAUGAGAUCACCUCUGCUAUCCCACCAGCUAGGCUAUUCAAGGCUUUUGUCCUUGAUGCUGACAAUCUCAUCCCAAAGCUUGCCCCCCAUGCCAUUAAGAGUGCUGAAAUCAUUGAAGGAAAUGGAGGCCCCGGAACCAUCAAGAAGAUCACCUUUGGCGAAGGCAGCCAAUUCAAGUAUGUGAAGCAUAGAAUUGAUGAGAUUGACCAAGCAAACUUCACAUAUUGUUACAGUGUGAUUGAGGGUGAUAUUGUGAAUGAAUUACUCGAGAAAAUCUCAUACGAGAUCAAGAUUGUGGCAAGCCCUGAUGGAGGAUCCGUCUUGAAGAACACCAGCAAAUACCACACAAAGGGGGAGCAGGAGAUCAAGGAAGAGAAAGUUAAGGCUGGAAAAGAAAAGGCUGCAGGACUUUUCAAGGCUGUUGAGGCCUACCUCUUGGCACACCCUGAUGCCUACAACUAAACCUUGUGUGUGUGCGUGUGUGUGUGUGUGUUUUUUUUUUUUUUUUUUUUUUUUUGGCAUUUGUGACUAUAAGGAGUUAAGGUUAUGGGUAUCAUUUUGUUUUAUGGCUUGCCAAGACUGCCUCAGGUUUGCUAAUAAAGGACUCUCCGGCUUGGGAUCAUCAUCUGCUUUCUUGAGAUUUGGAAGAGUGAAACGUGAAUGUUGUAUUACUUUUGUAAACAUACAAAUAAGGAAAAUCAGAUGGAAAUCUUACUAUUA